CUGAGCUUCGAUUGACUUGGGCCGAGCUUAGCUCUUAAUCUACCGCCGGGUCUAUUUUCGUCGAAGUCUUGCGGUCUAUUUCCUCAUUUAUCGUGAGAUCAUGGCGUCAGCCGCGACAUACAAGGACCGACAACUACUCGCAGUCAUUGGCGAUGAAGACUCCGUUACCGGCCUCCUCCUCGCUGGCAUCGGUCAUGUCACUGAAGGCGCAGAUGCACAGCGUAACUUCCUAGUCGUCGAUGCCAAGACGGAGACGUCGCAGAUUGAGCAAGCUUUCCAGAACUUCACACAGGAGCGAAAGGACAUUGCCGUUCUCCUGAUCAACCAACACAUCGCCGAGCGCAUCCGUCAUAGCGUAGAUUCUUUCGCCGACCCUUUCCCUGCUGUCCUUGAAAUCCCCAGCAAAGACCACCCAUACGAUCCCGAAAAGGACAGUGUCCUGAAGCGUGUUCGGCGACUGUUUGGAGAGUGAACCAGCGACAGUGAUUAUUUCCGUCCUGACUUGACAUACAAGGUGUCUGGCUACAUCGUGUUUUCAUAUCGUCUGUUUCAUGUUAAGAUUGUCCGACUUUAUUUCGCCCAUCUCGGGGUCUGUCAGUCAGCUUGCACCUACAGUAGAGUGUUAUACAUAGGGAGGUGACAAGCAGCUCUAGAGGGAAGA